AUAAAACCAAUGCUGCGUGCACGCGCAUGUGCGCGAGUGACGGGUGAGAGCGAGACGGAGCGCCUCUGUCUGCCUCCUCUCCGGUGGCGUUGCCUCUGUGUCGCUGCGGUGCUUUGCUGCGCUCCUGCCUAUCCGUCUUUCUUUCUUUCUUUCUUCCCUGCUUUUACACACGGCUCAUCUCUUCUUUCUUUCUCACCUGCGUCCACCGCAUCCCCCCUUGUUCUCCUCCCUGCGGAUGCCUUUAGCCUUGCACCCCACCUGCACACAGCAUCCCGGCAAAUGGUCCUUCUAGCCACAGCAACUGUGGUCGCAGGACGCAACGAAGAGGCGCACCUUUCCGUUUUGAUCUGAUCUGAGCACACUGCGGAUUGACUUGGGAAAGGGGCGGGUUUGGGACAGUAGGCGAACUAGGAGAAGCUUGUAAGCGGCCAAAACCUUUGGCAAUGCCGGUGCCAGACCAGCCAGCAGAGCAGGAGAAGGGGGCUAUGGUUCCCCCUGUGAUGCCGGCCCCCAAUGGAGACAGACCUGAGACAGAGACAACCUCAUCCAUUCUUGCAUCUGUCAAAGAACAGGAACUUCAGUUUGAACGUCUGACCAGAGAACUUGAAGCUGAGCGUCAGAUUGUUGCCACCCAGCUGGAGAGAUGCAAGCUGGGAUCAGAUGCAGGAAGCAUGAGCAGCAUCAGCUCCACCGAUGAGCAGUUUCGCUGGAACACUCAAGCAGACGGACAGAAGGACAUCGAGGAUGAGUUAACCACUGGUUUAGAGUUAGUAGAUUCCUGCAUUCGCUCUCUACAGGAAUCAGGAAUACUUGACAGCGGGGAACGGCCGACUCUUCUUUCCCAGAGUUCAUUGCAGCUCAACUCCACCCCGGAGGCUUCGCUCCAGUACUCUGCCAGCUACCAUAGCAACCAGACCCUCGCCCUUAGCGACAGCAUUUCUGCAGCAACUCCUCAGCGCAGCGGGCAUGUUGGAGGAGCCGUGCACAGCUACAACCAGGUGACAUCUAAUCGUGCAGCCCAGCAGCAACAAUCACAAACUGGGGCAGGAUCAGGAAUUUACUAUUCCAGCUCUACCUUACCUGCCCAGCGUGUCAGUUCCCCCCUGUCUGGGGGAGGAGGCUCAGUUUCUCCUGGGAAACACCAACGUUUGGGAUCAGCCUCUGAUACAUCAGGCUACUCCACCACCCAGCGCCAGUCUUCCUCUUCCCCCUCCUCCUCUCCCAGUAAACAGUCUCCUGCUAAUCGACUGGCCAAGUCAUACAGUACUACAGUUUCCGUGACAACAUCAGGAGGUGGGUCCCCACUGAGGGUGGCAUCUCCAUCAAACUCUACAGCAACUGGAGGAGGGAACAGUUCAACAUCGUCCCCUCUUCACCAGAUGAGUUCUGGCAUAGGGAGCUAUGCCACUCUGUCUCCUAAGCGGCUGGCAGCUCACCACGCUUCUGACCAAUACAAGAUCUCACACGAUCUCUACGCUACUGCAACACUACAGAGGCCUGGCAGUCUGGCAGGCUCUCGUGGCUCCUACAGUAGUCAACACAGUCAAGAAACUCUUCGGCCCUUAGGGUCCCCCGAGCACCACAUAGACCCUAUCUAUGAGGAACGUGUCUAUCACAACAAGGGCCCUAUGAGGAGCCUUAGUCAGAGUCAGGGACCAGACACAGGCCCUUACCGUAACAGCACUGCACCCUCCUCCCCUGGUGUCGACUCCACCCCUUUGCAGCGAACCGCGAGUCACGGUACUGGGACAGGAAGCUACAGCCGUGGUGGGACCAACAACUAUGCCACAGUGGGGCCAGGAUACACUUCAAGCGCCGGUGGAGGAAGCGGAGAUGUUUAUGGCUCAGACCCUUAUGUGGCAGACCCCUACCGCACCCUGCAGUACUGCCCCUCAGUGGUGGAAUCUCCUUACAGCAAGUCUGGACCAGCCCUACCACCUGAAGGAAGCCUGCAGCGUUCACCUUCCAUCGACUCCAUUCAAAAGGACCCAAGGGAGUUUGGAUGGAGAGAUCCGGAGCUGCCAGAAGUGAUCCAGAUGUUACAACACCAGUUCCCAUCGGUGCAGUCCAACGCUGCAGCUUACCUGCAACAUCUCUGCUUUGGAGACAACAAGAUUAAAGCUGAGAUCCGUAGACAGGGAGGCAUCCAGCUGUUGGUUGAUCUGCUGGAUCACAGGAUGAGUGAAGUUCACCGGAGCGCCUGUGGAGCACUGAGGAAUCUGGUAUAUGGCAAAGCCAAUGAUGAGAACAAAGUGACCCUGAAAAACUGUGGGGGGAUUCCUGCUUUAGUCCGUCUGCUUAGGAAGACCGGGGAUGUGGAAAUCAGAGAACUUGUAACAGGUGUUCUUUGGAACUUGUCAUCAUGUGAUGCCCUGAAGAUGCCAAUUAUCCAAGAUGCACUAGCAGUUCUGACCAAUAGCGUCAUCAUACCGCACUCCAGCUGGGAUUCCUCUCCUGGUCACCAUGAUGACCGCAAGCUCCACCUCCAUACUUCCCAGGUGCUGCGCAAUGCCACAGGCUGUCUCAGAAAUGUAAGCUCAGCAGGUGAGGAGGCACGACGAAGGAUGAGGGAGUGUGACGGCCUUACAGAUGCUCUGCUCUACGUUAUCCAGAUCUCUUUGGGCAGCAGUGAGAUCGACAGCAAGACUGUAGAGAACUGUGUUUGUAUUCUGAGGAAUCUGUCAUACAGACUGGCUGCUGAGACAUCCCAUGGCCAGCAAGGUGGUCUUGAAGAGCUGGAUGGGCUGCUUUGUGAUGCAAAUGGCUGUGAGAGCGAGAGCUCUGGCUGCUGGGGAAAGAAGAAAAAGAAAAAGAAGGGGGUUGACCAGUGGGAUGGUGUGAGUCCCUUUCCAGACACAGCAGAGCCUCCCAAAGGGGUUCAGAUGUUGUGGCACCCCACCAUUGUCAAGCCAUACCUCACUCUGCUUUCUGAAUGCUCAAAUCCUGACACACUUGAAGGUGCUGCUGGGGCCCUACAGAACCUUGCUGCUGGCAGCUGGAAGUGGUCAGUCUACAUUCGGGCUGCGGUCCGUAAGGAGAAAGGCCUUCCCAUUCUUGUGGAGCUACUGAGGAUAGACAACGACAAAGUGGUUUGUGCAGUCGCCACAGCUCUCCGAAACAUGGCCCUGGACAUCAGGAACAAGGAGCUUAUAGGAAAAUAUGCCAUGAGAGAUUUGAUCCAUCGGUUACCAGGCAGUAGUAGCAGCAGCAACAAUAAUGCUACCAGCAUUGGGAUGUCAGGCACUACAGGCACUCCCAGCAAGGCCAUGUCGGACGACACAGUAACUGCCAUAUGCUGCGCGCUGCAUGAAGUGAUAACUAAGAAUAUGGAGAAUGCAAAAGCUCUACGUGAUGCUGGUGGCAUUGAAAAACUCAUCGGCAUUGCCCGCAGCAAAGGAGACAAACACUCAGCAAAAGUGGUAAAAGCAGCCUCUCAAGUUCUUAGCAGUAUGUGGCAGUACAGAGACCUGCGCUCCCUCUACAAAAAGGAUGGUUACUCACAACAUCAUUUUGUGGGUUCUGCCUCAACAAUAGAGAGAGACAGACAGAGGCCCUACUCUUCUUCACGAACUCCCUCAGUUUCCCCUGUCAGGACAUCCCCAAAUAACCGCUCUGCAAGCGCUCCUGCCUCCCCCAGAGAGAUGACGAGUCUGAAGGAACGCAAGAUGGACUAUGAUUCCACAGCAACCAACGCUGGUUUCCAUAGCAACAAAGGAGAGCAUACAUCCCGGAAAGACGGCAUGGCAGUUCAAGUGUCCUGUGGGUCAUCUACGUUGUUCCGAAACUCUUACCUGACAGCCAGCGAUGAAAUCAAGCAAAACCAGAGUCCUGCCCCGCCCUGUGUUAUACCCCCUCAACCCCAGCAGGACAGCCCAUCAGCAGCUAUGCUAAAAGACUACGACCUCUACCCCCCUCCUCCUUCCUUCCCCCAGCCCCAGCCGCCACAGCCUCCACCUCACAGCCAAAGCCGGAGCUUUGACGAAGCCUACUACAACGACCCAGGACCACCUCUUCCACCAUCACAACCACAGCUACAGGCACAGGCCCAGCCUCAGGCCCAACCCCAGCCACCCCCAAACGCCACUGGACCACCGCGUGACCCCCGGGAAGACCUUCGAAUGCACCUGGGCCUCAAGUCAACCGGCAACUACGUAGACUUCUACUCAGCAUCACGGCCAUACAGCGAACUGAACUACGAGACCAGCCACUACCCGGCCUCCCCUGAUUCCUGGGUGUAGUUUGACCAUAAUGAUGGGAGGGAGGGGGCAAGAGUCUUUGUGUGCUUGUGUGAAAGGGAUUACUUUUGCAGGAGAUUAUUAGGAGACUAAAACAAGGUUACUCUAAGUGGCAGUUUGAGAAAAGACCCCUUUGCCAAUGAUAGGAAUUUUGUGUCCUUAAAAAUAGCUGUGAACGAGCUUGAUGGGGUAAGAAGGGAGCCAGGUAGAGUGACACAGAGAGAUUGUGCAUGUGCAUGCAAACAUUUUUUAAUUACUUUCUUCCGGACCACUUUAUCAUUUUUUAAGGCUAGCUCAAUUUCAUCCCUAAUUGGAGUCAGUGGGAAUCGAUAUGAAGAAGUGAAUUUGACAGAGUGUAUAAGGAGUGGGAGAGAAAACAUUCAAAAAAGUGAGAGUGUAUGUAAAUGCCUUGAGCGGAUGGAUCAAGAAAUAAUAGGGUGCUGAUGAGGAAACGCUCGCACUCUGUAGGAGCAGGAAGUAGUCUGACCUUCUAUUGCAGUCAGAGAUAAAGAGAGAUGAGAGACUGAGAUGGCAUGAGCGUUUUCAAGGAGGUGAGAAAAAAUAAAAGCACAGAGAAAAAUGAAAGCACACCAGCCUCAAGGGAAGAAGUGGAUGUUUACCAUUUCACCAAAGUGACAAACGUAGCACUGCUUUUAUUCAAUAUUUUUUGUUGCUAAGACCUUGCUGCGUGAAAAGUCUUUGGAAUUUGUUUUCAAAGAAUGUCACCUUCAAGAGACUGUAAGUCACCAUUAUUUUACAUGUGUUUUUUUUUCUUUCUACUUUUUUAUAUUUACACUUUCUGCUGCAUUUUUUAUUUUCUGUGUACACUUAAAAAGGGGUUUUAAUGUGUAUAUUACACGUUUUUGAUGGACUGCUCGUAAAAAUCCAGGUUUUCAUUUUCCAACUGACUGAAACAACAAAUGGAUAAAAAAAAAAAGUGAAACAUGAACGAGGCAAUCAGGAAAGAUAGUCAGGCUGUGAGUGGACAAAUGAUUUUUUUCCCCUUUUAUCCCAGGCCAGAGAGGAAUCCCUACGAUGUUUGUGAUUUGCUCACUCCAUCAAGUGAAAUUUCUCAAGUGGACAUAAUCAAACGUCAAGAGUAUCUUAAGGCUGCAAGAGCUGGCAGAGCUUGGAGUCCCAAUCAAGAAAAGUGCUUUUUUUUGUUCACUGCCAAAAAAGUAUAUAGACAUAUGUUUAAAGCACACUCGUAUGUAUUUGGAAAGAACUCCUGUUUGACUUUGGGGAUGUGAUAUUUUUGACAGUCACUCAUUACUUUUGCAUCAAAACCAGAUUCCCGUUCAUGUCAGUGUACAGUAGAGAAGAAGUGGAAGAGAGACAUGACAUUGUGCCAAACUUUGACAGAUCAAGGACCAGUCCUAGAGGACUUGACAGGGAAUUUUGUCAAGUUUUACAGACAAUGACCCGAUGGCUGUCUCCUCUGUUUGUAACUUCGAUUUUCUUGUGUUUUAAUCAGGUGAAGCCGUACUUAUUGCUGGGGGAUCUUGGAUACCCUCUCCCUCCCAUAGUUGUACAGACCUGCCUCUUCGUUCUGGCCGAGCAUGUGUGGGCGUGCGUUUGGGACACGUGUGUGUUUACGUAUACGUGCAUGUGUGUGAUGGACUGGAUGGCUUGUGAGUGUGCUCAUGUAAACAUGAGCGAGUGUAUCUAUGCAUGCAUGUGUGUAGUAGUGUACGUAUGCCUCCGUUGGGUCUAUGUGUGUGAGCGUUCCUGUGAAAAAAGAUCAAUGUCCAAACAAGGCAUUCCUACUGACAGUUUGUCCGGUUUUACAGCAUCAUAAUAAAGGUAAAAAUCACUAGAAUGAUUGUUGAGACAAAAGACGAAUCUAUAAAUACAUGAACAUAAAUAUAAAUAUAUAAUUAUAUAGAUAUAUAAUUUUUAUGUGCUGAUGUCAAUGUCACUAAUUGCAACAAAUGUUUGCCAAAAAAAAGAUUGUGGUGUAAAACAGGAUUCUUGUUCACUUGAUCCAAACAGUAAAAGUGCUGAUCAGCUCCCACCCCACCCCAACUCCACCACACACACACACACACACACACACACACACCUACAUGUACACCCUAACCAAGACAAAACAGGAGUUUCACCUGAAGAUGCUCUGGCUCGAGUUGUGUGUUAUCGUGUGUCCAUGCUUCUUAGAUGAUCCUGCUGAGAAAGGACCGUACUUGAAACAAAAGGGGGAAAAAAAUAAAUAAAAGACUCUUUUCAAUCAAAAA